UCUUCCAUAGCACUUUUCCUUGGCCCUCCCCUCCUUCACGUCCAUGGCUUCUGCAGCUACCAUCUCCUCCUCUCACACUCCCAACAUUUCCUGCAUCAAAGACUUCGCCGAAUCCAACGGCGUCGUCUCCAUCCCUUCUGCCUACUGCUCCCUCGCCGACCGUCACGAUGAAGUUGACGACCGCCUCUCUGCUUCCAUCCCCGUCAUCGACUUCUCUCUCCUCACCUCUCCCGAUCCUCAAAUCCACGCCAAUGCCCUUUCCCAACUCGUCAAGGCUCUCGUUGAGUGGGGCUUCUUCAUGAUCGUAAAUCACGGGAUUCCGGAGAGUCUGACCGAAGAUGUCAUGAAGAAAUCUUUCGAGUUUCACAAUUUGCCUGUUGAGCAUAAGAAGAAGUUUUCUGAUACCGGACUGUUCACUCCCAUCAGAUAUGGCACCAGCUCCCAUAGUCAGGGAGAGAAGGCUCAUUACUGGAGGGAUUAUCUUAAAGUCGCCACUCAUCCCGAGUUCAGUUUUCCGGACCAUCCCCCCGGUUUCAAGGAGGCAGGAUUUGAGUACACUAGGAAAAUCAGGGACAUAGUGAGGAAUUUGCUCCAACAAAUAGCAGAGAGCUUAGGACUGGAACACAAUGCCAUCGUGAAGUGCUCGGAUUUUGAUUCCGGGUUUCAGAAGUUCCAAGUGAACCUGUACCCUCCGUGUCCUCGACCAGACCUUGCUCUGGGGCUGCCUCCUCAUACCGACAAUGGCUUCUUCACCCUUCUCACCCAGAAUGGAGUUUGCGGCCUUCAAGUCAAGUUUGAUGGCAAAUGGGUUAACGUCAACCCAGUCCCUAACUGCUUACUCGCAGUCACCGGAGACCAACUGGAGGCUGUGAGCAACGGGAGGUACAAGAGCGUGUGGCAUCGAGCAGUUCUAAAUUCGAGCAGCACGAGGAUGACCCUCACUGUGGCCAACGGGCCAGCACUGGAUAAUGAAUUGGGCCCGGCGCCAGAGCUUGUGAAGAAGGAAGAGGCUGUGUUCAAGAGCAUGAAGUACAGAGACUACGUAUUCCUUCAGCAAGAAGCUAGGAGUGCGGAGAAAAGAGCCUUGGAUGACCUCCGCAUCAAUUCAUCUCCUAAUUGAGCUCCUCACCUCUUCCACGCGCAAGUUGGCGUCCACGCUAUGGUUAUUCGGCUUUUCGAUUCUAUUCCUCCCAUGGGACCCGCAUCAUUAAGAUGCUGUGUAUCGCCAUAUUUUUCUUAGGGUUAUUCACACUGUUGCUCAAUAAAGUGCCCAUGUCCAUAUGCUGGAUCUGAGUCGUCCAAUAUACCAUGCGAGUGAUCAUCUUGUGCGUAAUAAUGUCGUGUUUUGUCCGUCUUUCAUGAGAAUGGAAAUUAAAAUAAUUUUUUUUUAUGCACCUCGUA